AUGGAGCGCUGCCAGUAUACGUACAAGACGUGCCCGCACCCGCGCUCGAAGAAGAAGAAUGGCCAGCUCCACUCCUUCUGCGAGUUUCAUCGAACCAAAGCCAACGCGAUUCAAAAGGUCUACGCUGCUCGCAAGCGACUUCGUGACGCGACCGAGUUGCGCCCUAUUCAGCAUGCACCCCCGGCCCCGACCUUUGACCUCGACGACCUUGAAUUUCUGCGCGAAUGGCUCGACGACCACGACAACGACGACACCAGAGGGACUUGCAACGAGCUGUCGUGGGACGACGUUGCGAGCAUGCUUGAUAAUAUAUAA